CUCUGGCCUUGCCUUGCCAUUCCCAGCCUCCGGCUGCCAGGCAACAGCCCUGUGGCAUCGCAGCUGACGGCACCACCUCGCCCAGAGCCCCUGGGCCCUGCUCAGCUCAGCUGGGGCCGAGGGCCAGAGAAUGCAGCUCCUCGGGCAGCUCCGCCCGGGGCUCCCCCUGCUCCUGGGGCUCUGCGUGGCCUCGCUGCUCCCCGGCCCCCUCAGAGCUCGCAGCUGUCCCGCCAGGAGCGGGACCCGGCUGCCGCUGCCAGCCCAGCACGGGCAGCAGCCGGGCCCUGGCACGGGCAGUGCCAGCCUGUGGGCCCUGCAGGGGCACUGCUGCACCUUCUUAGCCCUGUCCCUGUUGCUCGCCACGCUCUGCCUGGGCUGCAGCCUGCGGAGAAAAGCCCCGAGGCAGCAGAGAGAGCCCCGUGCCCGAGCCCAGAGGCAGAGGUGGGUUCCCUUGCUCCCAGGCGGAAACAAGGACAGGCUGAGCCACCAGAACAAGACAGAACCUGCCCGAGGGCUUCUCCACACACCCUGCAGCCUGGGACAGCCCAGGCAGGCCGUGGAUUCCCCAGGAGAGCCCGAGGGGGCCCAGCCCCGCGCAGCCCCUCUGCCCCUCUCCCCGAGCUGCCUGCCCUGUGUCUCCCAGCAGAAGGUCUGGACACGCCCGGCCUGGCCAAGGAGAUGCUGCCUGGCUGACUGCUCCCCCCUCAGUGGCGAGGUGAUCGAGGUGCUCGGCCGCCAGCAGGAAAACUCUGCCUCCAGCAGGAGCUUCCUGAGACACCUGCGCCAGCGCUGCCUGCGGAGGGACGCGCUCCAGACAGCGAGGAACAGCGAAGUGUGGAAGGACUUAGACGAGGAGGCAGCGCUUUUCUCGAGUUGAAAAAACAAGUCCUGCUAGGCAAAUGGAGCAAUGCACUGUAAGAUUACUCAUAAGGCUUAUUAUUAUUAAAAUUGUUUAUUUAGACAUACAGCUUUUAUUAGUAGUGAAUGAAUUCCAGAGAGGUACCAUAGAAAUUUUGUUUGCAAAAAUUGUUGUUUGGCUAAAGCAGGUGAUUUUCUGACAGCUUGUUUGCAGAGAAUGAAUUAUACUGUCCACUGGUGCAGGAACCAGAGUAACAGCUACAUGCUGGGCUUACUUUUAACUAACCGAAGCUGAGGAGUUAAAAUCUAGUUAUCAAGAGGACUCGGGAUAAUCUUUCAUAUAAUGUAUAUCCUUUCAUUUCUCGUAGUGGAGCUGGAACAAGACAUCAAGUUCUGCUAUCAGAAUAACCUUGUCUUGAUCUAAUAAAAGCUUUUGAGUUUCAACUUUAAAAGACAGAGCUUUGCAAAUGAGAAUUUGAGGUGUCAGCUAAAAUAAAUUUACAAUAUAAGUAAAUUCAUAACGACAUCUGGACUCAUUUCAUGGUUCUGCAAAGAAGAGGAGCAAGGAGCUGAAAGUGUGGAGGCACUUUGGGAACAGUGGACAGCGUGGAUGGGAUAAUGAAGUGUCUCACAUACACAGCUGGUUCCCAGGACUGGUGAUAGUGACCAUCAGAGAAGGUGUCAUGGAAAUAGGAUUCAUAUCCAGCUGUCUUUGAUCCUGGGAAGGCAGCUUCAGAAAACCUCUACAACAAAGUGGACAGAAAUUAGUAAAAACUUAAUAUCUCUGCAGAACACAACAGUCAAAUGCUCAUUGAAGCAGAAAGAUCUAAAAUAUCUGAUUGUUGCAAGAAUUUCCCAAGUCUAUUAUGAAAUAGAUGUCUUUUUAAUCAAUAAGGUUAGUUUUGAACAGCUAUCAGAA